GAUACACUAGAAGAACACGUAGAGGAGGAGGAGGAGCAGGAGAAAAGCUCAAGAAAGAAAGAUAAGAAGCACAAAAAGCAUAAGAAACAUAAGCGAAGCAGGGAAGGUGAAGACGAAGGCGGUAGUGAGUCAAAACAUCGUCACAAGCGGAAGAAGGAAAAGAAAGAGAAGAAGGAAAAACGAAAGAAGGAGAAAAAGCAUAAGCGAGAUAAGGGAGAGGCUAGUGAUCAUAAGGAGGACUUCGAUAGAGAGGCGAUUUCGCGUUCUAGAGACGAAGAGGAUGAUCGCAGACAUCGAGAAGAGGCUAUUGUGGACAAAGACGUUAAACGCGAAAACCGUGAAGACAUCAAGGAUGAACGAAGAGAAUCAGAAAGCGAUAGCCACAAGAAGAAAGAGGAGCACAAGUCUAGGAUGUAUGACGAACGAGAGGAAAGGAGGCGUGAUGAAAGGAAACAUGAUGAGAAACAUCACGAGAAAAAUCGAGGAGAAGCUCAUGAAAGCCGGAAACGCGAUAGAAGUCAAGAAAGGAGUGAAAAACAUAGGCAUAAAAGUCGCGAAAGAUCCGAGCGGAAACAUAGAGAGCAUUCUAGCAAGAAGAAAGAAAGAGAUAGUAGCCGUGAAAGGUUUACAGAAGAGCGCCGGCAGGACACAGAUCGGAAAGAAGACUUGGUGUCAAAAGAGAGAAGUGAAAGAAGUAAACCCUUGCAGCCUCAGAAGAGUACCAGUAGUGGCAGUAAGCAAGAAAAUGCCACAUCUGAAGCAGCCAGACGUCAGCCUCCAUCCCAGUCGAAUAUACCUUCUUCGUCGUCUGUCAGUCGAGCUGCAGAUAGCCAAAGCAAGACGAAUGUUGAUUCCAAUGCUUUGGCACGAAAGCACAAGGAUGUUGCAGCGCUUCGUGAUCGCGAUGAGCCUCAACUGAAGAAGCAAAAGCAGGUAUGCAAAAUUUACGAAACUAUUCUUAAGAACAUCUUUAACUUAAAACUG